GCGUGGAUAGUCCGCACAUGCGCACUAAAGUGGACGGAGAGAACGGUCAUACUUCCUCUCCCAUUCGGGACUCCACUUCACCAGACGGAAUGGACGACCUCAGAUGGUAUGAAUGGAUUACCAUGCACUUCAAAAAGAUUGCUGGAGAUAAGGGACACAUAACUCUCAAAGAAUUUAAGGAAGCUUUACAGAUAAAAAAGUCGUUCUUCGCAGAGAGGUUUUUCCAAAUGUUUGACGAGAACGGAAGUGGCUCGAUUGAGCUGAUUGAACUGAUGACCGGACUGCGCACACUCAGAAAAGGGACACCUACAGAGAAACUUCGUUUCCUGUUCAAGGUGUACGAUAUUGACGGAAGUGGGUUUAUUGACCGGGACGAGUUGAACACUGUUUUGAGGACGAGUAUGGAGGAGAGUUCCCUCGCACUAGGAGAAGAGAAUAUCACUAAGAUGACAGACGUCAUCUUUGAAGCAGCAGAUACCGACAACAAUGGGGAAAUAUCCUUUGAGGAACUUAAGAUGGAACUGGAGAAAUAUCCAGGUGUCAUGGCAAAUCUUAGUAUCAGUGCUGCGUCCUGGUUGAAAGUGCCGAGUGGUAACCUAAAGAAGAAAUCAUCCAAUUCCCAUCGGUAUUUCACAGCCACGUAUAUUCGGAACAAUCUGAAAAAGAUCGUGUUUCUGAUCGUCUACAUCUUGGUCAAUAUUGCGCUUGGAUGCUACGCAGCAUAUAACUACAGAGACUCAAACGGCUGGUACAUAUUGGCGCGAAUCAACGGCAUGAACCUUAACUUCAAUGGAAUGUUCAUUCUUGUGCUUAUGCUGCGGAAGAGUUUGACAUAUUUACGACUAACAUUCCUGCAUCGAGUGUUGCCUAUUGACCAAAACAUUUACUUUCACAAACUGUGUGGUGCUCUCAUCGCCUUUUUCAGCUUCUUCCAUACUGUAGGACAUAUAGGAAACGCUAUUGUAGUGGCGGGACUUGAUGACAACAUUGUGAACGCGACCUCUGACCUCCAGGCGUGGGAGGUCUUGUUUACUACGAAGGCGGGGAUUGGCUAUGUCGAAGCGAGCGCCUUCAUCACUGGUUGGAUAUUGGACGUUGUCCUCGUGAUCAUGGUCAUAUGUUCCUUACCCUUUGUCAGGAGAUCCGGCCAUUUUGAGGUAUUUUACUGGACUCAUACUCUCUACAUCGCGUUCUGGAUCCUUCUCAUCCUUCACGCCCCAAACUUUUGGAAAUGGUUUAUAGCCCCAGGGAUACUUUUCAUCGGAGAGAAAUUCUUCAGGAGCAAGUUUGUAAAGCGCGUCCGAUACGGAACGAAUUACAUACAGGAAGUGACAAUUCUUCCUUCCGGUGUCACCCGUCUUGUUAUAUCACACGGAGACAAGUUCCGUUAUAAGCCAGGGGAUUACUGCUUCAUUCAGAUCCCAUGUAUUGCUCAGUACGAGUGGCAUCCGUUUACCAUCAGUAGUGCUCCGGAAAUGAAGGGCAAGUUUACACUCCACAUAAGGUCGGCAGGUCAUUGGACAAAGAAGCUGUACGAGUAUUUUGAGCAGUUAGAUCCCGGAUUAGGUAACACAUUUGAGGAGGAGGAGGAUGACGUCAUACCAAAACGACGAGGCUUGAGCAGUCGUCGAAGAACACGUAGGCGUUCUCUUUACAAGGGUAUCAAAGGAACAUUUAAGAGGGCGUCUGAAAAAGAAGAGGAAAUGACUGUGGAAGAAUUAAAAGCUGAAAGGAGGAGAAGACGGAAACAUAAGAAAGUUAAGAUUUUGUGUUGUAUUGACGGUCCGUACGGAACUGGGUGUAGAGAAGUGUUUGAUACCGAGCAUGCUGUUCUGGUUGGAGCCGGGAUUGGCGUCACACCUAUGGCGUCGAUUCUACAAAGUGUCAUGUAUCGCUACAAAGCGUCCAAGCGUCAAUGUCCACAUUGUAGCCACGAGUUUUACGGCGAGAUCUCCGAACAUUCUAUGAAACUGAAAAAGGUUGAUUUUAUUUGGAUCAACCGAGACCAGAAAUGUUUUGAGUGGUUCACCAGUAUGUUGACAGAGCUGGAGUUAGAACAGGCCGAACUUGACCGCUCGGAAUCUGGUCUUAACCGCAUCAUUGACAUGCAGUUUUACAUGACGUCUGUAAAAGACCUGACAGACAUGAAGGGGAUAGGACUCCAGUUGGCUAUGGACCUGUUACACAAGAAGGACAAUACCGAUCUCAUCACUGGACUACACACUCGGACACAGGCCGGCAGGCCUAAGUGGGGAAAGGUUUUCAAGGGCAUUGCAGAACAGAAAAAAGGCAAAGUUAAGGUGUUCUUUUGUGGAGCUCCAGCUUUGGGAAAGAUAAUCAAAUUGGAAUGUGAGAAGAUACAUUUUUCAUUUUCUAAAGAAAACUUCUAAGAACCAUGAAACAUGACAUGGAUCUUCAAAUAAUAUUGAGUCUUCUAAGUAGAUUGACUCUUAUCGUUCAGGACCUUAAAUGCACCUACGCAGGGAACUUCGCCAAAUGACGUGUCGAUUGGAUGGCAUUUGAAUGUUCUCACGUGGAAACAAAGCAGGGAGCUUUGGAGCAGGAUUUUUACUCAAAGUGUGUGAUUUUAAAAUUACCUUCACAGUGACAUGGCUACUAAUGUAGAAAACUUAUGGUUCUGACAAAAGACACUUCACGACUCGCUAGGCAUACAUGUCAUAUAUUAUUGUAUAUUAAAUGAAACAGUUCAAGCGAAUCUACAUACACAUGCUUGUAUCGAGACUACGUUAUCGUAAACCGGUGUGACAAAGGUAAAUAGUAUCUCCUGUCCCAUUUUACAUGUCUAAUAUCUGUCUGAUUCACGUUGAAAUCCAUAUCGAAUUUGAUCAGUCACUUAAGAGGGGAAUAUCAGUUUGCUGACGAAGCAUUUAAGAGUUUUUAUUUAUUGGACGUCCACUCAGUGAUGUUUUUGAAAUCUUGAUAACCAAGAAACUAAAUCUCGUACAUUUCUUUCAAAUACAUGUACAAUGUCAACUAUUUGAUCCUUCAUUUAAAUGUUAAUUUAACGAUGAUAUUUUUUAAUUGAUCAGGCAUUUUGACUUUAAUUGGUUAGUCAAUUUUGCAGUUUCUUAAAAAAUCAGCGUUAUUUUUAGAUCUUCCUGGCGAGUCAGUUUAAUUAUCUGAUCGAAAUGUAGAAUGAUCUAUUCGGUUGAUAAAUUGAUUUAAUUUAGUAAUCACUUUGGGUAUUUGAUUUGAUUGACCAAGCAAUCACUUUGUUUGACUUAAAUUACCAAACCGUUUAAAUGUAGGAUCACUUUAUUCGAUCUCAUUUACCAACCAGAUUAACUGAUCUAACUGACCCAAUCAGCUUACUUGUUUCAUCUAAUUGACUAAUCUCCUGACUCGAUUGAUUCAAUGAACCCAUCGGCUUAAUUGUCCGAUCUAUUUGACUGAUCGGUUUGCUUGUUUGAUUAAACUGACCAAUCAACUUUCUUGUUUGAUCUUAUUGACCAAUCAGCUUACUUGCUUAAUCUAAUUGAGCAAUAAGCUUAUUUGCGUGAUCUAAUUGACCAAUCAGCUAACUUGAUUGAUUUAAUUGACCAAUUAGCUUACUUGCUUGACCUAAAUGACCAAUCAGCUUUGAUAGGAUAUUAAGCAAUACCUGUGAUGUUAAUGACAAACGUAGUGUUUCUUUUUAUACAUUUGUCUUACCUUUGUGUAUAUACCUUUAUUUUUUUUAAGAUUAACACAUGCAUAAUUAUGAUCAAUGGAAAGUGCAUAAUAAUAUAGUUAUGUUAUCAAUCUUAUGUGUAUAAAUAUUUUUACGAAUGUUUUAUUUUUUGCAAUACAACGAAGACAAUUUUGAUACGUUUAGCAGUUUCUAUCCAAAACAUGAUUGUUGAUAUGUCUUUCAUAUGUUAUGAGCAGAAGUACAGGAUACAUUAUAGAAAUAAUAUAUGUAAAUAUAUAUUUUAUUUGACAGUGUAUUCGUCUGAACUGAUGUAAAUAAUACUUAACUAACGAAUGUGUACGGCACAAAAAACAUGAUCGGUUCAGAUGUUUAAAGCAUGAUAUUUUAGAGUUAUUUCAAGAUAUUUAAAACAUAUAUCAUAUUUCUUUAAAGUAGAAGUUAGAAUUCUAAGCCGAAUUUAAAUGGAAAAAUAGCUUCAAAAAGGAAAAACAAAAUAUCCAAAACACUUUCCAUGUAUCACAAAAAAUAUUUCUAAAACAGAGCUUUAACUACAAAUAAACACCCGAGUACGGAUAUGACCUUUGUCGACUCGGGAUUCUGUCGUUUAACGACCAGCACUGAAGUUUAGCAAAGUGACUUGAGUAAAAUGUAUCGGAAUUCCGAUGUUUCACGUCAUGAACCGAUGUUUAACGAGACCUCCUAACUGGAUUACGAGGUUUAACGACAGCAGUAUCGCAAAGCUUUUGUUUACCGAUUGGGGUCGAGUUAAACAACUGUGAUGUAAAAGGACAUUGUCUCAGAAUAACAAGGUCGACGGACCAAGGUUUAACUACAGAAAGCUUAUAGGACUGGGAAUUCUGGUUAGGUUUGGUUUAACGAGUCCAAAAGUCACGUAAUAGGAUACUGAAUCCGAAUUAUGAGGUCGAAGGACCGAGGUUUGGCGAUAGGAAGACUAUAAAAUUGUGGACUUGGAAUUCAGAUAUUUAACGACAUGUAAUUGGUACGUAAUUAAAACUAAAUUUUAGUUGAUAUCGUAUGACUCCAUCCCACUACCUGUAUUUGGAAGAAGUAAACAAGUUGUUAGGUAGCUCUUAAGUGAUACUAGACGGAAUGUUUAGCCAGGUGUAGCACAUUUUAUCAUCAAAAUCAAAUAACGACAAACUAUCCGCACACUGAAAAUGUCAAACGGCUGACACAAAUAAAUGUAAUUUGAAGUGAAAACCUGAUAUAAAACGAUACAUAUAUAAACUAAGUGACUCAUCAGAUCACAAAAAUGUUUGAAUUUUAAGACGACCUACAAGAUACAAUCUCAAGCGUCAUGUUCACCAUAAUACUCCACGAUAUAUCAGAUACAGGGAUAUGUUUCUGAUACUUUUUUGUAACACUUUAUAUAUCAAUUCCAGGUUAACACGCUCCAGUAGACCUUAGCUAUAAUCAGUAUUGGGACUUAACAAGCAGGCCAUUGGAAAGUUUCCAAAUAUAUCGAUAGUAGGGGGAAGGGGUUGUGCGUGAUAAAAAAGAAAAUAAUGUUUUUUUUUUUGUUUUUUUUUUAAAGAAAAUAGUUUAUUUUUUUUUUUACAUUUCAUGCCACAGUUUGAGGUUCUUUUACUGCGACUAACAAUCCAUGCCGAAAUCACGUUUUUUUUAUGAAUUUUCUUUAUUUCUUUGUGAUAUUUUCAUAAUGAUUCCGAAAUGAAUUCUGCGUAUAUUCGUGUGUAUUAUAUAAGCGAAAGUUACUACCAACCAAAAACUUUCUUUUCCCACCAAUAAUGGAGUGUUCUUUCAUGUUGUUAUAUUUGUGAGUAUUCUUUGAAUGCCUUGCCAAAGUGCCAUACUGCAUAAUGAUAUCUUGAUGACAUGUUAAUGUGUAAAAUAUUAUGUUAUGUUAUUAAACAGGAUCUAAUUUUCACUUUCCUGUGUAAAUUUAAGAUUUUUAUAUGUUGUAAUAAGUACAAUGUAGAUAGAACGUUUUUUUUAUUUCAUAUAAAGAAACCAUUAAAAGAUUUUUUAUAAGACGUUAA